AUGUUGUGUUCUACUGAUAACAGUGAUAACGAAGAAUAUAACUUGCAUCCAAUAAGUGAGGAUGAUGUUCAAUCUGAAAAUACCGAGGAGAAUUCUGAGGAAAACGAAUCGAAAAAUAAGGAACCUACUAAUUGCAAGAAAAAGAGAAAAUUAAAAGUACAAUAUGUCCAAAAGUGUCGUCUGGCAUAUAUUGAAAAAUUUAAAUGGAUAAUUGAUAAAGAUGGGUGUAGUUUUUGUAAAUAUUGUCAGAAAGUAGUAGUUGGUGGUUAUUCACAUUUAUCAAGACAUGAAAAUAGUUUAAUGCACAAAAAGAAAGAAAGGGCUGUAAAAAAUUGUAUUGACAUAAAACAGUAUCAAACCAAAAUUGACAAAAAAAAAGUAUUGGCAAGAAAAAUAAAAGAAUGUGAAUUAAAACUUACAAUGCUGAUAAUUGAACACAAUUUGCCGAUGAUUUUAAUGGAUCACCUUCCCAAGUUGUUCAUAUCAGCUGCCCCUGAUUCACAAAUUUUAAAAACUGUUACUUGCUCUAGAACCAAGACAACCAGUCUACUUAAAAACUUCCAGGCAGAUAGUGAAAGAAGCAUUUCAUGUAUUUUAAAAGAAAAUAAAUUUUCUGUCAUAAUAGAUGAAACUACUGAUGUUUCUGUAAAGAAAUCUUUAGCUAUCCUUGUUAGAUACACCGAUUUAGAUCUGCAAAAAGUUAGGGAUCGAUUGCUUGCUUUGGUUGAAGUCAAUGAUUUAACGGCAGAAGGAAUUUUAGAACAAAUUUUGGCAGUCAUUAAAAAUUUAUGUAUACCAAUACCAAAUCUAAUAGGAUUUGCAGCUGACAAUGCAGCCGUUAUGAUGGGCAAAUACAAUGGGAUGCAAGCUAAGUUGCGAGAAAUAAACCCCCAUAUUUUUGUCAUGGGCUGUAUCUGUCAUUCUCUACACUUAUGUGCAUCAGCUGCUGCUGAGAAAUUGCCAAAACAGAUUGAAGAUUUUGUAAGGGACAUCUACAAUUAUUUAAAUUGUAGCAGUAAACGCAUUGGAGAGUUUAAAGAAUUCCAAGAGUAUGUGAGACUAAAACCACAUAAACUUUUAAGACCCAGCCAAACAAGGUGGUUAUCAUUAGAAAUACCCUGGGUGAGGCAAAAAAUAAAAUACUCUCCGAAGGGGAUGAAAAUGGGGUGGGAAGAGGAUUUAGGCAGGUUAAGCCAACCGACUAUUUCAGCCCGGCUGAAGAAGAUGAAAGAUACAAACAUAAAAAAAAGGCUUGAUGCCAAAAAAAGACCAGAAGAGUACAAUGAAGUGUACAGUGAAGGGCAUGCUGAAACAGAAAUUCUGGAGUAUUAUACUGAAAAUGAGAAUAGUUCUGAUAAUGAGAAGCUGAAACGAAUGAUGUGUGAUAAACUGGCGGACUCCUAUGAUGUAGAAGAGGUAUCUGGAUUUUUUCCUAGGUUACGAGUAGUGGGUAUGACAAGGAAUUUUUCAGAGUCUGAUCUGCGCAGUCAUAAUCUAAAUGGUAAUUCUAGGAUAUUCUCGGGCGACUCAUAUUUAAUAAUAUUAAAAAUAUAUCCAACUAAAAAGCAACCUAACAUUUGGCAGUCAGUCAUACAAGUUACUAAGGCGGUAUAUGAGCGUGCAUUGAAUUCAGGAAACCUAUUUGUCGGUUAUGAUAGUUGCGUAGUAUAUGAUGCUGUUGAACUAUUCCGCUGUUAUAAAUGCAAUGAAUUUUCUCACUCCUCGCGUAAUUGCAAUAAGGCUGUUUCCUGCCCUCUAUGUGGAGAAGCACAUGAAUUGAAGGAGUAGAAUGAGUUCGACAGUAACAAUUUGGAUACAGAGCCGCGACAAAGCACCAGCCAACCCGAAGAAGAAAUUAUUUUUGUUGUAGAAAAUAAUGAAGAAAUAUCCACAAUAGAUGAGCCACCCAAGAAAAGGGCAAAGAAAAGUAGUACUAAAAUUAGCCAAGCACCCAUUACAAGCACUGAGGAAUGCGAAAAUAAUAUUAAUUUGGUAAAUAAUCCAGAUCUUGAGGAAGGCACUAAAAGAAACAUAACAAGUGGAAAUAAACGGAAACUCCCAGCUGCAGUUCUCUUAAAUAAUAAAAAACUAGAAAUAUUAAAAAAAAGAUGA